UAGCCAGGGCGGCGGCAGCGGCGGCGACCAAAACCCAGGCAUCGCGGACUGUUGUUGUUCUCUCCCGGCGCGACCGCCUCUGUCCGUUCGCCCAGAGCGAGACCGGGAGCUGGGGUGGUGAAGAGCGGGCGGCCGCGACCUCCUCUCUCCGGCGUCUCUAAGCCGCGGCAGGAGCUGGUGCAGACGUCCUGCCGCUGGUCUCCGAUGCCCUUCAGUGAGGAGGGGGCGUUGGGACCCUGGUGAGCGCACCUCAGGCUCCCCCCAACUAGGCGUCUUCAGCGGCCCCCCCUGAUCCGCGCACCCCAGCCUGCCAGCCAUGGCUGAAAACGCAGAGGGGGACCUGAACUCCAACCUGCUCCACGCCCCCUACCACACCGGGGACCCUCAGCUCGACACGGCCAUCGGGCAGUGGCUCCGUUGGGAUAAGAAUCCCAAAACAAAAGAGCAAAUUGAAAAUCUGUUACGAAAUGGAAUGAAUAAGGAACUUCGGGAUCGUCUUUGUUGCCGAAUGACUUUUGGGACUGCAGGACUUCGUUCUGCUAUGGGGGCAGGAUUUUGUUACAUUAAUGACCUUACAGUAAUACAAUCAACACAGGGGAUGUACAAAUACCUGGAGAGAUGUUUCUCAGACUUCAAGCAGAGAGGCUUUGUCGUUGGGUAUGAUACCCGAGGGCAAGUAACUAGCAGCUGCAGCAGCCAGAGGCUUGCUAAACUUACUGCUGCAGUCUUAUUGGCUAAAGAUGUUCCUGUGUACCUUUUUUCAAGAUAUGUUCCUACACCUUUUGUGCCAUAUGCAGUCCAGAAGCUCAAAGCAGUUGCAGGUGUGAUGAUUACAGCAUCUCACAACCGCAAAGAAGAUAACGGAUACAAGGUUUAUUGGGAAACGGGUGCUCAGAUCACAUCUCCUCAUGACAAGGAAAUUCUGAAAUGUAUAGAAGAAUGUGUGGAACCCUGGAAUGGUUCCUGGAAUGAUAAUUUAGUGGACACCAGCCCACUGAAGAAAGAUCCUCUGCAGGACAUUUGUAGUAGAUACAUGGAAGACCUGAAAAAGAUCUGUUUUCACAGGGAAUUAAACUCAAAGACCACCUUGAAAUUUGUACAUUCAUCUUUUCAUGGGGUUGGACAUGAUUAUGUGCAGUUGGCUUUUCAAGUGUUUGGUUUUAAGCCUCCAAUUCCAGUACCAGAACAAAAAGAUCCUGACCCAGACUUUUCUACUGUUAAAUGUCCAAAUCCUGAAGAGGGAGAAUCUGUGCUGGAACUCUCUUUGAGACUGGCAGAGAAAGAAAAUGCCCGGGUAGUGGUCGCCACAGACCCCGACGCAGACCGACUGGCGGUGGCAGAGCUUCAGGAGAAUGGUCACUGGAAAGUUUUCUCAGGAAAUGAGUUGGCAGCUCUGUUUGGGUGGUGGAUGUUUGAUUGCUGGAAGAAAAGUAAAUCAGGAAAUGCUGAUGUGAAGAACAUUUAUAUGUUAGCCACCACGGUCUCUUCCAAAAUUUUGAAGGCAAUUGCACUUAAAGAAGGAUUUCAUUUUGAAGAAACAUUACCAGGUUUUAAAUGGAUUGGAAGUAGGAUAAAAGACCUCCUGGAAAGUGGGAAAGAAGUCCUUUUUGCAUUUGAAGAGUCUAUUGGUUUUCUAUGUGGAACUUCAGUUUUGGAUAAAGAUGGGGUGAGUGCAGCCGCUGUUGUUGCUGAGAUGGCAACUUACCUGGAAACCAUGAAUAUAACAUUGAAACAGCAACUGGUUAAGGUUUAUGAAAAGUAUGGUUAUCAUAUUUCAAAAACUUCAUAUUUUUUGUGUUAUGAUCCAAAAACCAUCAAAAGUAUAUUUGAAAGGCUUCGCAAUUUUGAUUCUCCAAAAGAAUAUCCAAAAUUUUGUGGGACAUUUGCUAUAUUGCAUACACGAGACGUUACCACUGGAUAUGACAGCAGCCAGCCUAAUAAGAAAUCAGUGUUGCCUGUGAGUAAAAACAGCCAGAUGAUCACAUUUACUUUUCAAAAUGGUUGUGUUGCUACUCUUCGGACAAGCGGGACAGAACCAAAGAUCAAGUAUUAUGCAGAGAUGUGCGCAUCACCUGACCAGAGUGACACUGCCUUAUUAGAAGAGGAAUUGAAGAAACUCAUUGAAGCUUUGAUAGAGAAUUUUCUUGAGCCCAGUAAAAAUGGGCUGGUCUGGCGUUCUGUUUAGUGGACAUUCGUACAUCGUUACUUUGCGCUGUCACAUGGCACAGGGCAGCCAAGAGCUUCAUGCAUCGAACUUGUGUUAGCAUUCCCUCUCUAUCUCAUCUGGCCGAGUAUCCUUUUCCUUCUAUUUUCUCUUUUUGGUUGGCUGACUAAACAAACUAUAUAACUUGGAUAUGAAGUAGUCUGGAGAAAAUGAUGCAAAUUUUUUCAUAAUCUUGAACAAAAGUCAUUACGUUAAAAGUAUUAUAGUAAGAUGUCAUUCUUCCUUUAACAGAAACAAAACUGUGCAAAAGUUGGAACAAAGAUGUCAUAAAGAGCACUGAAAGUAACAUUUGAAUUUCACUCCAUAUCUGUAAGAAUUUAGCUCAUAAGAUAGAUUUGUUAGUAGUAGAUGCAUGAGUGCAGUGAAUAAGACCUACUAAGAUGUUAUUUUUAAUUUAAUCUGGCAAAUUAAGUGAGACUUGAACACAAUUUUGUUCAUCUUGAAGAAUGUAUAGCAUUAUAGGGUAUUUGAGGGGUUUAAAGUUUACAGUAUUAUUUGGAUGUAGUAACUUUAGCAGAGCGUUUCUAAGAGAUUGGACACUUUGGGAUAUCUUUAUGUAGGAAAUAGAACUUCUGUUUCUUAAGCAGAUUGCUUCUGGAAUUGAUGCAACAAAGGUAUUAGCUGGAGUUUAAUGGAGAAAUUGUUUUAUGAGUUGCUGCUAUUGGUAUUUCUUUCAGAUCUUUUCUGUUGUUCAUGAUUCUGCUUGGAUAAAUUUAAUUUUAUGUCUUUUUUUUUCUCUACCUCCCUCUUUCCUCCCACAUUUUGUUACUGUGAAAUGCUACUGCCCUGUUACCUCACUGAUAAGAAAUCUUUAACUGUAUCUUUCAGAAUGCUUUAAACUUAUUCAUAAACUAAGUUGGUUUAUGGACUUUUGAGUAUUUUGUUAUUGUGAGAAGACAUUGUAAGAAGUAACUUUAAACCUAUUUCAUAAUUUUUUGUGGUCUACCUGGAUACUAUACAUUAAAUUAUUAUGGCUUUUUACAAUUCACUUGUUUUCUGAGAUUGCUCUAGAAACUGAUGAGGAAAGAGUCAUACUAACCAAAAUGAAUGGUCAAUUAAUCUAGUAUAUUAUUUUCAGUUUCCUUGUAUUUUGGGUAUCCAAAGCGCAAGAUUUGAGGAAAUUAUUUUUAAAUAUUUGUGCCUCAAAGCCUCUUACCAUAAACCAUAAGGAGUCUAAGUAGAAAGAAGAGAAUCUGUCAUUGUCUCAGGACACAGCAUGACUUUAGUUCUAGUUGGAAACAAAGUUAGUGUUGACCCUUGGUUACCUUAAGAUAUGCAUCAUACUGUUAUAUUCAUUAAGCCAUCUUUUCCCUUUAUUCACUAAAGACUAUGCACUUAAAAAAAGAGGAUAUACAAGAAUGAGUAAAGCGACCAAGGGCAAAGUGACCUAGCUAAAGUUUGCUUCUCCGAUCUGCCCAUCAGCAUGACCCUAAAGCAGAAUGUGUAGGGGAGAGGUCUGAGAGCAAAAUCAGAAGCAGCCUACCACUCAUGAAAUCCAUGUUCUGUCCCAGAAAUGUAAGUGGAUUUGCAUUCUCCAUAAUAAAACUGUGUUGCUAUAAAAUGGCUCCUUCAGUCUUCACCAAGACUGGUGCCGCCAGAAAGGAGCACCGCGUCUAUCAUGUGGCCUCUCCGUUUUCUCCUCCAGACGCCCCUCCAAUUGCCGCAUAUCCCUGGGCGUUCACACACUGACUCUGGUGUGAGGAAUAUAAACAUAGAGCAUAGAUAGGGUAUUUCCUGCCCUUCAGUAGCUGACCUUUGAAAGUAUUGAUGACAAGCGAAACUGACCUGGAACAGUUACAUUACCAAUGAACCUUAUCAUAUAGUUAGAGGUAUUGGCCACUUUGUUCUCUUUAAUGUAUUGGCAUUCCUUGACUACGGUCUUUCUUGACUAUCAGCUUCAUUUAUUAUUUUUCAUAUCCACACCACCUAGAAUAUAGUGCCUGUUACAGAGUGCUCAAUUGGUGAUAAUAGUAAUUAAGGGAUUUUAUUUUAAAGAAGUAAAUAGUUUGAUAAACAAUAAAAAUAUUAAUUCUCACCACUAAAUUUGUAAGUAAUGUUUAUUAAGCACACACAUCCUUAAAUACUCAGUUUCUUUGGAAAAAGCAGAGCAUAUUCUAUUUGGAAAUUGCAUAUAAUGCCUAGUAUUUUAUAUUCACAGUAAGGUAUUGGCCAAGAAGGCUAAGAAAGUAUCUAUGUAAUAUCGCUAAUACAAGUGCCAUUUUGAGCCUGCUAGUGCUACCGUCCAAGUGAGUCACAACUAAUUUGGUAUUAUUUGGUAUAUUUUUGUUCAGUGUUAUGAUUCAGCAUAUAUCUGACAAGAGCCACUCCAGAGUCAACAUCUAUAUAUGGUGAGGCCUUCUUGUUUGGGGCUAAAAUAAACUCUUUGUGUACAUCAUUGACUAUGCCAGAUAAAAUGUGUGCAGUUAAGAAUGAAUUAUUUUUCUGACUGUGUAGCAGUAGUUCAAAAUUAUGCCCUUGUUUUAACAGUUUCUGUCGAUAUCUUUCCAUUUCCGCCCCCCCCACCCCCAAGAAAACACCAGGGUGUUAAAUACUGAGAAUUUGCACUUUAAGUAUUUGUGUUGUGGAUUUCUUGUGGUUUCAGCCAAAUGAAGUGUUGUCAGUAAUAAACAGGACUUUUUAUAAGCAUGAA